UAUAUAACUGCUCGCUCCCUUCUCCACCUAAUAACCCCACUCUCGCUAAAUUAUCGCAAGAUAAAUGACAGAAAAAUUAUAGAAAAAAUUGCCCGGAAGAUUGUUACUUUUACUGUAAGAGUGUGUGUGUGUGAUUCGAUCCCGCCGAUUAGUUUCCGCACCACUCGACGCCCCGAUCUGGGUGUUACAUUCAUGCUAGACGCAAUGGGGGGCUGUCAACGGUUCUUUUUGUGGAAAUGGUGACGAUUUCGGCCGUGAGUUUGAUUGGGUUGAGCACCAUUUCGAUGUCGUAUGAGCGGAACGAAUUGGUGCAAAUGUCGGCUCCUUCUACGGCUUCAAACAAGGUUUUCAAGAGUGGUCCGCUUUUCAUAUCUUCAAAAGGAAUAGGCUGGAAGUCUUGGAAGAAGCGGUGGUUUAUACUCACACGUAUCUCUUUAGUUUUCUUCAAAAAUGAUCCUAGUGCACUUUCACAAAGAGGUGGUGAAGUAAACCUGACUUUGGGUGGCAUUGACUUAAACAAUACUGGGAGUGUUGUAGUUAGAGAAGAUAAAAAACUAUUGACCAUAUUGUUUCCAGAUGGAUGUGAUGGCCGAGCGUUCACCCUAAAGGCUGAGACAUCUGAGGAUUUGUGCCAGUGGAAGACAGCCCUAGAACAUGCCCUUGCACAAGCCCCAUGUGCUAACCCUGUUAUGGAAUACAAUCGGAUUUUUCGGAAUGACACAAAUGAUUCAGUUGAUGGAUCUUUACAGCAAUGGAGGGAUAAGCGUCCUGUUAAAUCCUUGGUUGUUGGAAGACCAAUUCUGCUUGCACUAGAAGAUAUUGAUGGUGGACCAUCCUUUCUUGAGAAAGCUCUUUGUUUUCUUGAGAAGUAUGGAAUCAACGUUGAAGGGAUUUUACGACAAUCUGCAGAUGUUGAGGAGGUAGACCGUAGAGUUCAAGAGUAUGAACAAGGCAAGACUGAAUUUGUUCCUGAUGAGAAUGCUCAUGUUGUUGGGGACUGCAUUAAGCUUGUUCUUAGGGAACUACCCUCGUCUCCAGUUCCAGCAUCCUGCUGUACUGCAUUGCUAGAGGCUUGCAAAAUCGAUCGGAAAGAGGCUAGAGUAAAUGCAAUGCGUUCAGCAAUAAUGGAGACAUUUCCUGAACCAAACCGACGUUUAUUGCAGAGAAUUCUGAAGAUGAUGCAUACCAUCUCUUCUCAUGCUCAUGAGAACCGGAUGACUCCAUCUGCUGUUGCUGCUUGCAUGGCACCUUUGCUCCUACGCCCUCUAUUAGCUGGGGAGUGUGAGUUGGAGGACAUCUUUGAAAUGAAUGGUGAUAAUUCAGCCCAGCUUCUUGCUGCGGCAACUGCUGCUAAUAAUGCCCAAGCAAUUAUUACAACUCUCUUAGAGGAGUAUGAUAAUUUCUUUGAUGAUGAAAACCUUAAUAGAUGCUCCAUCUCAGCUGAUUCGCAGAUUGAAAACAGUGGGACAGAUGAUUCAACUGAUGAUGAAAAUCUAGAUAUGAAAGAUAAUGGUUAUCAUGAUGCUGAAAAUGAAGCUGAUCCAGAAAAAGAUGAUGAUCCUGAACGUGUUCACAGUGGAAAAUUGAGUGAAAGUAGUGGUUGUGCUGGCUGUGAGCUUUACGAUUAUAAGGCAUUUGGGGGUGAUAAUUCAGAUGUUGGAUCACCUAGUAAAAAAAAUCAAGCCUCGACUGAAAGUUCUAAUUUAUGUGUUGAUCAUCAACAAAUGAGGGAUCCAAAUGGUGAACUGUCUGAGGAACGAGGCAAGCAGAAGAAGGUAAAUGACAAAUCAAUUAAUGAGGUGGACCCUCCAAGUGUGUCACCUGCUGGCGAGCCCUACCAAUCAGUGGGGGAGAUUCUGUCUUCAAUAGAUCCAGUGUAUCCAUUGCCUAUGCCUGGAAUUGAACAGGGUCCUGGAAAGACAAUGUCUCAGUUGAAUGUCUUCAAUAAAGUUACAGGAUCAAAUGAUGCAAAGCGAUCAACAUUCUGGGGAAGGGACAAUGCCAGAAACACACCCUCAACUGAAUCAGUUGAUUCUUCCCAAGAAGAAGAGCUUGCCAUUCAGAGGCUUGAGAUUGCCAAAAAUGACUUACAACACAGGAUUGCAAAGGAGGCUAAAGGAAAUGCAAUUUUACAAGCAAGCUUGGAGAGAAGGAAGCAAGCUUUGCAUGAGCGGCGCCUGGCACUUGAACAAGAUGUUUCAAGAUUGCAAGAGCAGUUGCAAGCUGAAAGAGACCUUAGAGCCGCACUGGAAGUCGGUUUGAGCAUGUCUUCUGGACAGUUUUCCAGUUCGCGUGACAUGGAUUCUAAGACGAGGGCUGAGCUAGAGGAGAUUGCUCUUGCUGAAGCAGAUGUGGCCAGGCUGAAGCAGAAAGUUGCAGAACUCCACCAUCAACUUAAUCAGCAAAGGCAGCAUCACUAUGGUUCACUCUCUGAUGCGUGCGACCGUUAUGGACAUGUCCAAAAUCAUAAUUCCCAACAGAGAUUUCUUCAGCAAGAUUUUGAUACAACCCUUGCAUAUUAUAAUCAUGACCGGAAACAGAGGACCGAGGUAUGUUUUGAGAGCUUGUUAGGAACAGACUGGAGGGGUAUUAAAGGACAGGUGUUAGCAUCUGGCAGCAAUAUCAAGCAGCCUUCUCGAAAGCAAAUUAUUGAUUCAACAAGCCUGGGUGAUUCUAAAAGUACUGAGACAUCCAUCGGAAUGCCGAUGGAUGAACUUUGUGCUGUUGAUUCUGCCACCAUGCCUUCCAUUUCCAGAGCAGUGGAGAUGGAGUAUCCAAGACAUCCAUCUGCAGCAUCUUCUACAUUGGUUGAAUUGACAACACGUCUUGAUUUCUUCAAAGAAAGACGUUCUCAGCUCAUGGAACAGCUCCACAACCUUGAUUUGAACUACAGCACAACGUCUUCGCAAGACUUCGUCUUUAGAACAUUAUCCCCAUCAUGGAAUUGACUGACUGAAGAUGAUGCUUCAUUAACUGCGCUGGGAAGAAGAUUGCCUGACAUCUUGUUGUAUAUUCUUCUACACUAUAACGUGUAUAACUUUGAUCUGUAGUUGGAUGUUGUAUUGUUUAAUGUCCACUGUUUCAUAUUUAAAGCUUCUUUUCUUCACUUCUCAGAGAGAAUGUGAUUGGGAUUUUUGGAAGACUAUUCUCCUUCUGUUCUUCUACUUCUUUCUUUCUUUAUUAUUAUUAUUUUUUUGGGUCAUAAACGAUGUAACAUUCUGUUUUUUUGGAAUAGCAAGUGGAGGUAUGUUAUUGAACAAACGCCAUUAUAGGGAACUAAUUUUCCCGUGUAUGAUAAAAACUUUCCUG